AUGGCGGCGAGCGCGCUACGCGGCCUGGCAGUGGCCGGUGGAGGCGAGAGUAGCGAGAGUGAAGAUGAUGGAUGGGAGAUUGGAUAUCUCGACAGGACGUCUCAGAAAUUGAAAGGGCAAAUGUUACCCAUUGAAGAAAAGAAAGAAAAAUUUAAGAAAGCAUUGACCACCGGAGAUGUUUCAUUGGUCCAGGAGCUCCUAGAUUCUGGUAUUAUUAGUGUAGACGCUACCUUUCGGUAUGGAUGGACUCCCCUUAUGUAUGCUGCCAGCGUUGCCAAUGCAGAACUGGUUCGGGUCCUUUUGGACAGAGGUGCUAAUGCAAGCUUUGAGAAGGAUAAGCAAACUAUCUUGAUAACUGCAUGUUCUGCUCAUGGCUCAGAGGAACAGAUCUUGAAAUGUGUAGAGCUACUACUUUCAAGAAAUGCUGAUCCAAAUGUUGCUUGUAGGAGACUUAUGACCCCAAUCAUGUAUGCUGCUCGAGAUGGUCACACCCAGGUUGUUGCUCUCCUUGUUGCUAGUGGAGCAGAAGUUAAUACCCAGGAUGAGAAUGGUUACACUGCUUUAACGUGGGCAGCACGUCAGGGUCAUAAAAGUAUAGUUUUGAAGUUGCUUGAACUUGGAGCUAAUAAAAUGCUACAAACCAAAGAUGGAAAGCUGCCCAGUGAGAUUGCAAAAAGAAACAAACAUCAUGAGAUCUUCAACUUACUUUCUUUUACUUUAAAUCCAUUGGAAGGAAAACUUCAACAGCUAACUAAGGAAGAAACUAUUUGUAAAAUAUUGACAACAGAUUCUGAUAGAGAAAAUGACCACAUUUUUAGUUCAUAUGCAGCAUUUGGAGAUCUGGAAGUAUUUUUACAUGGUCUUGGACUUGAACAUAUGACGGAUUUAUUAAAGGAAAGGGAUAUAACUUUAAGACAGCUUUUGACCAUGAGGGAAGAUGAAUUUACAAAGAAUGGAUUUACCAGUAAAGACCAGCAGAAAAUUCUGGCUGCUCUUAAAGAACUAGAGGUAGAAGAGAUACAGUUUGGAGAGUUGUCUGAAGAGGCAAAGCUAGAAAUCAGUGGUGAUGAGUUCCUGAACUUUCUUCUCAAAUUAAACAAACAGUGUGGCCAUUUAAUAACAGCUGUACAGAAUAUUAUUACUGAGUUACCUGUAAAUUCUCAAAAGAUAGCACUGGAAUGGGCUUCUCCCCAGAAUUUUACUUCAGUUUGUGAAGAACUGGUUAAAAAUGUUGAAGAUUUGAGUGAAGAGGUCUGCAACCUGAAAGACUUAAUUCAGAAGUUGCAAAAUGAACGGGAAAAUGAUCCAACUCAUAUACCAUUAAGGGAAGAAGUAUCUACAUGGAAUAGUAGAAUUUUGAAGAGGACAGCUAUUACAGUAUGCGGAUUCGGUUUUCUUCUUUUCAUUUGCAAGAUAACUUUCCAGAGAAAAUAAUCCAAAUAUUUGUUUUAAGUUAUAUAUAUAUACAUCUUAUUUGAACCAUCCAAAAAUCAUUGCUUUUAACUAUUUGGCACAAUAUAAC